CAACACGUCUCUGUUCUGACUAAGCAUCCAUUAUGUUCUCGAGCGUCUUUAGUUGAUGGAAGCCGUUUUGGUUGUUAUCCCCCACCCGCCUACUAUUAUUCUCCUCCCUCUCUCUUUCACGACGUGCGACGCUCGCGCAGCCCCUGCUGGUGCUUAGCGCCGCUGUCCAGCCUUCCAUUAAAUAUAGGCCCGUCAUGUCUUCUAUGUUUCUCGUUACCUUUCUCUCCGCUAUUAUCCUGCUAUGCCUAUUUUCACCUGCUGUCAGAAGGUCCAUCAUGGCUGGCGACGACCUCCUUGACGCCCAUGAGGCAGGUCUAGCUCUCGUCGCGUCCCGCAAUCCAUUCAGGGAAUCGGGCCCUCCAGUGUGCAUGGCCAAACUUAUCAUGCUGAGGCAUAAAAUUCAGACUGGUACACGCAAACGUAGAUCCCCGACGCCCACACGCCAAUCACGAAAUCUCGGACUCAUCCAACCCACUCGCCCGCGCGCGUCUUGGGUUCGGUUUGGAAGAAACUUUGGACAUCAAUACCACUAAACUACCAACAUCAUUUGACGCUUAUUUGGGCUGUAGUCUUGUAGAGCCUUAUCGCCCAUUAUUUAUAUCUCGGUGAUACCCAUCUUAUCCAUUAUAGAUAUCUGCCUUGUUCGUGCUUUUCUGGGUGUACAUGCCUCUCUUUGCACUUCCAUCAAGACUUUUUGCUUUGUGAACAUACGUGUUCUUUGUUUGCCUCUUUACUUUGCAGCGAUCUGGCAGGUUAUUACAGGUGGAAAAUAAAUGUACAGAAUAGACCUUUCAAGUUGGC